AAUGCCGUUACUGUGAUGCCCACUACUGCCAUGAGCAUUUGCUGAAGGAUCAUAUAAAGAGCACACAUGCGGCUUUUACCUGUCAGCUAUGCGUAGGAGACCAAGUGAUGUUCAAUACGAAGGCUGAACUCGACGCCCAUAUUGAGGAACAGCAUCAAGACCGCAAGUUUAAUGUGGGACUGGCUAACAGUGAGUUGCCCUUUAAAUGCGAGAUCUGUGGCAAGGGCUUUGCAGAUCGCGAAAGCAGCCAAACGCAUCAUUCCGAGCACUUGAAAGCAUUACCUGUGGAGUGCAAAUGUUGUGCUAUGCGCUUCACCUGCCAAUCCAGCUUGAUUAAGCAUCAGCGCAAGCGUCCAGAUAGCUGCGGACGUCUGGAAGAGGAGUCCAAAAAGAAAAAAAGUUUGCCUGUUCCUAUAGAGCCUGCCACAGGCAAAAAGAAACGUGGACGCCCCAAAAAGUGUGUGGCGCAUGCUGCAGAUGACAGCGAUGAUGAUAUGCCACUGGCCACUAGACUAAAGACACCAGCGCCACGCCUUAAGCAGGAAAUCGUUAGUAGCCAGGAGCUCAGCGAUUCUGCCGAAGAGUAUCCCGACUUUGAGCCCAACAACAGCGAAGAUGAGACGGAUGCAGGACAGUUCAAGCUGCCAACGCCAGCCAAAGUCAAAGAGGAGACUCUAGAUCCAGACUUUGAGUAUCAGGAUGCCAGUUUAUUUGUCAAAGCGGAAGCAGCUGGUCUGGAUAUCUACAGCAAUGAAAAAGACAAGCUGCUGGACGUACUGCUCAAUUCGGAUGAGAGCCUAAAACCGUAUGAGAACUUAAAAGUGGAGCACGCCACGAGUGGCAUACUGGAUGAAAUAGCAGCAGUGCCCAUGGGCAAGCCGACUGGCGGUGAGCAGCAGGAGGAGGAUGUGUUGGCGUUUCGGGAAACAGAGCAUAAUGGCUUAGAUGAAGACGACGAUGAUGACGAUGAUGAUGAUGAUGACGAUGACGACGACGACGACGAUGACGACUAUGAGGAGGAGCAAGAAGAUUUGAAGAAAAAAUCCAAAAUAAACACUGUAAAGCGCAAGUAUCGUAAACGUGGCACUGCAGGCACAAGUAAUCAUGAGAGUGGACCAAAGCGUGUUGCUAAAAUCACCAAGAAGGAGCUAACGGAGCGAUUGAAGAUGAUUAACAAAAUGGAAAAGUCCUGGAAAUGUCCACACUGCGUUAAAAUCUAUCACAUACGCAAGCCCUAUGAGAAGCAUCUGCGAGAUGAUCACAAGCUCAGCGAGCUGGACAUCAAGGAGCUAUUCAAGGAUGCGGAUGCACAUGCGAAGCUGGACGAUGAAGUGUUUAAGUGCAAAAUUUGCUCCAAAAUUUAUUUGGUGGAGAAACGUCUGGAAACGCACAUGAAGGUGCAUGGCAAGGAUGGCAAUCUGAUAUUCAAAUGUCCUUGCUACUGCAAUCAGUUCUUCGCCAGCAAGGAGCAAGCCACACAGCAUGCCCAACAGGAACACAAGGAGCUGUUGUAUUGCGAAAAGUGCGACAAGUACAUGACCGGUCACGACAGUCUCAAAAAUCACGAAAAGAACUAUCACUCCAAGAAGGAACCUAGGAAUCUGCCCAGGAAUCUGAUUUGCGACAAGUGCGGCAAAAAGUUUACCGGACGCACUUCACUCUCGGAUCAUGUGCGCUCUGAGUGCGGACGCAUGCCUUUGUACGAGUGCACUGUCUGCUUCAAGCGUCUGUCCACUGCGGGCAUAUUAAAGACGCACAUGCUGCUGCAUCAAUCUGAGACGCCCUAUCAGUGCGACAAAUGUGGCAAAACCUUCAAGGUGAAGGCGCAAUACAAGUCGCAUCUAAAGACACGCCACACUGACUAUAAACCCUACAAGUGUCAUCUCUGUCCCAAGGAGUACCCCUAUCGCGAAAGUCUGCUCACUCACAUGACUGUGCACACAGGCAUCAAGCGUUUCCUGUGCAAUAAUUGCGGCAAGCGCUUCACUUGCAUCUCCAAUCUUCAGGCGCAUCGGAAGGUGCAUGCUGACACUUGUGGCCAGCUCCCAUUGAAUGCCAAGGCUACACAGUAUAUGGGCGUUCAGCGUGGCAAGCUCUUGAUGGGCGCCAAGCCAGAGGCCGGCAUGGAAUAUGAGGAAACCAAGACACUAAUUGCACAGGAUGUAAUUGAUCGGGAUAUGCCAAUGGCACAGGAGCUCAACUUUCCCUCAGAUGGCAUUGCUCCGAUGGCCACCGUGCCGCUUAACUACACCGCAUCGCAGCUAGUGCCGCACAUUAUGCUACAGACCAUGCAAGCUCAGGUGCAGGCGCAGGCACGUCAGCAACAUUAGUUUAGUUCUCUUUAAGUACACUAUGAAUAAAGACGCUUUUGUAUAUUGAAAAGA